CCCCCACUACUGCAGCUGUCAUGGCGGCCUGGCGGUUAAGUUUGUGCGCUCGCAGCCUUUCCGCAAUUCGACGGCUCCAGGCUGCCCCACUUUGCUGGAAAUCCAGCUCCUCCAGGGCUGUGGUCGCCCGGUCCGCUGCGGCCCGAAAGGAGCAGGAAGAACCGACCGUGCAGUGGAUGGAGGACCCAGAUCCCGAGGACGAAAACGUGUACUUGAAGAACCCACACUUCCAUGGUUACGACGACGACCCGAAGGUGGAUGCCUUGAAUAUGCACGCCGUCUUCUUCUUUGGUUUUUCCAUCGCCCUGGUCCUUGGCACUACCUUUGUGGCUUAUGUGCCAAACUAUAAGAUGAUCGAGUGGGCCCGCCGGGAAGCUGCGAUGCUGGUGAAACACCGAGAGGCCAGUGGCCUCCCCAUCAUGGAGUCCAACUAUUUUGACCCCACCAAGAUCAACCUGCUGGAGGACGACUGAGUGGGGCUUAAGCAGCGCUACCCUGCUCACUCCCCAGAGAAUCUACCCAAGGGAUUGAAAGAAGAAAAGAGUGUUACUCCAGCUAGGCCUGUCAAUUUUUUUGGCCAAGGGCCCACACCUCAGUAACACUGAUUGACCUAAAUAUGCUAAAGAGAUGGGAGGAACAAUUAUCUCCUUAAUGAGAGAAUGUAUUUUCCUUGGCCGAAACUCUGUGGGCUCUAGUCACCUGUGGGGCCUUCACCUUGUGGUCUGCUUACUUCCUGGAGUUCUAAGUUCCAAAACGCAUCUGUUUCUUUUCCCCAUCUUUUGAAUACUUGCCAAUGUCUGGGCUCCCUCCCCCCACCAUUGAUGUACUGGGCUCUCUUGCUUUAUUUGUAUCCCCCUCUUCUGCUUCUGCCAUGGGGCUGCUUGGGAGCCUCCAUUACUAAACUUCAUAUGUAACCCAAGAAGGCGUGGCUUUCUCCGUAUUUCUUCUGGAAUCGGCCUGGAUUUUCAGAUUGCCUGCCCCGCUAUGUUUCUUUUAAACUAUAAUAAAAUGGUUCUUAAGCCUC